AUGGACGCGGACGAAGUGAGCAUCCGCGAGCAGAACUUCCACAGCCAAGUGCGGGAAUACACGAUCUGCUUUCUCUUGUUUGCGAUAUUGUAUAUUGUUUCCUACUUCAUUAUCAGAAGAUACAAGAGGAAAGCAGAUGAGCAAGAGGAUGAAGAUGCUAUUGUCAAUAGAAUUUCGCUGUUCCUGAGCACUUUUACUCUUGCAGUUUCAGCGGGCGCUGUGCUCCUCUUACCUUUUUCAAUAAUCAGCAAUGAGAUUCUGCUUUCUUUUCCCCAAAGUUACUAUAUCCAGUGGUUGAAUGGUUCUCUAAUUCAUGGUUUAUGGAAUCUUGCUUCCCUCUUUUCCAAUCUUUGUUUGUUUAUAUUGAUGCCCUUUGCUUUCUUCUUUCUGGAGUCAGAAGGCUUUGCUGGCUUAAAAAAGGGAAUCAAAGCACGUAUUUUGGAAACCCUUGUUAUGCUCAUUCUUCUCGCGUUGCUUAUCCUUGGAAUUGUGUGGGUAGCUUCAGCUCUCAUAGACAAUGAUGUUGCAAGUAUGGAGUCCUUGUAUGAUCUUUGGGAAUUCUACCUCCCUUAUUUAUAUUCCUGUAUAUCUUUGAUGGGGUGCUUAUUACUUCUACUUUGUACACCAGUAGGACUUUCCCGUAUGUUUACAGUGAUGGGACAAUUGCUUGUAAAGCCAACAAUUCUUGAAGACUUGGAUGAGCAGAUAUAUAUUAUUACUCUAGAAGAAGAAGCUAUAAUGAGAAAGUUAAAUGGAGGAUUUUCCGCUGUGGAGUACAAUACAAAACAACUUGAGCAGGAGUUGAAUAAUAUGAAGAGCAUGAAAACAAAAUUGGAGCGACGGAAAAAGGCUUCUGCCUGGGAAAGGAACCUUGUGUAUCCAGCUGUAAUGAUACUACUGCUAAUUGCAACGGCAUUGUCAGUGCUCUUAGUUGCUUGCAAUAUUCUGCGUCUGUUGAUUGAUGAAACCGCAAUGCCAAAGGGAUCAAGGGGGCCUGGCAUAGGAAAUGCCUCUCUGUCCACGUUUGGUUUCGUGGGAGCAGCACUUGAGAUCAUUUUGAUUUUCUACCUUAUGGUUUCCUCUGUUGUUGGCUUUUAUAGCCUACGUAUUUUUGGAGAUUUUACCCCCAGGAAGGAUGACACAACUAUGACAAAGAUAAUUGGGAACUGUGUUUCUAUCUUAGUCCUCAGUUCAGCGUUGCCAGUUAUGUCAAGGACAUUGGGCAUCACCAGGUUUGAUCUCCUUGGGGACUUUGGAAGGUUUAACUGGUUAGGAAACUUCUACAUAGUGUUGAGCUACAAUCUUCUUUUUGCUGUCAUGACAACUCUGUGCCUGGUGAGAAAGUUCACCUCUGCAGUUAGAGAAGAACUCCUCAAAGCAUUAGGUUUAGAUAAACUGCAUCUCUCGCACAGGGCAAGAGACCCCGAGACAACAAAACCUUCUGCAAAUGGACAUCAGAAAACACUGUGAAUCAGUUGGCGGAAAUGAGCCUUUCAGCUUCCUGACAUUCCUCUCAGCUCACUGUUCUUGAUUUCUACUGCUCUUACUGGUUUAUACCUUGGAUUCAGGUUGAUGCAGAAGAAAUCUGGUGGCACUGGAUUCUACUCUUCCUCCUUGGAUCGAUCCACUUUAUUUUUUCUGUCAACUGGAGACGUCUCUUGGACAUUCCUCUUUGAACAGGCCUUCAUACUGAUCUCUGAAUCCAAGGAUAAAAAUCUUCUGCAUGUAAAUACAUUGUUGAAGAUGAAUUUGGGAGAUGAACUUGCUAUCUGAAAAUGGCAAACCUCUACUCAAGAUGU